AUGUAUGUAUGCAUCCAUCUCUCUCUCUCUCUCUCUCUCUCUCUCUCUCUCUCUUUAAUGAUUCAUGGCGGAGGAGGGGAAAGACAGUGGUCCUAUUCAUAUCUAUCUAUCUAUCUAUCUAUCUAUCUAUCUAUCUAUCUAUCUAUCUAUCUAUCUAUCCAAGUUUGUUCAUAUCUAUCUAUCUAUCUCCUAGAGUCUAACUAUUCAUAUCUAUCUAUCUAUCUAUCUAUCUAUCUAUCUAUCUAUCUAUUAUAUACCGGACCUAUGAACACUAAUGGAUAUGUCCCAAUCCGCAUAAAUACAUCUAUCUAUCUAUCUAUCUAUCUAUCUAUCUAUCUAUCUAUCUAUCUAUCUAUCUAUCUAUCUAUCUCAUUCUGCCUAUAUUCAUCUAUCGGUCUAUCUAAACACAAAUCUAUCUAUCUAUCUAUCUAUCUAUCUAUCUAUCUAUCUCAGUCAAUUUCAUAUCUAUCUAUCUAUCUAUCUAUCUAUCUAUCUCUGUUCAUCUAUCUAUCUAUGUCUGUUCAGAUCUAUCUAUCUAUCUAUCUAUCUAUCUAUCUAUCUAUCUAUCUCAGUCAAUUUCACAUCUAUCUGUUUAUAUCUGUCUCAAAAUACUAUGUUGAAUUGUUUCCCGCCGAUUUUAUAAAUGUGUUUUUGAUACUCUCUCUCUCUCUCUCUCUCUCUCUCUCUCUCUCUCUCUCUCUUUCUCUUCCCGUCUCUCUGUCUUUCUCCCAAGUUGGUGUUCGUUCCUUACCAACCCGUUCAAAGGAUUGA